AUGCGAUAUCUGAUAGUAGGCCCUUUCGCAUGGUUUUUGGUGCUAGCUUGCUUCCUAUUGUUCAUGUUCUAUCUCAUGAUACGAUGCAGCAGCUACUUGCCUAAACACUCUUUCUGGAACUCCACUUGGCGCAACGAACUCGACUUUGCCGGUCGCGUCUGUCAUUCCCUCACUACACUCUGCAUCCUUGUGGUGCUGGGAAUUUGCGUUGUCUGUCGACACAGUGCCAGGUGGCGCUUCGGCCCUAAUCCUGGUAGCAUUCUCACGGCGGUGCUUCCUCUUGUUGCUUGGGCUUGCAUGCUUGGUGGAUUGGCCGUGGUUGAGGGAUACGGCGUUUGGGGUCAGGAGCAAGAGCGAGCGACCUGGUUCGCUCUUGGUAAUACCCUUGGUCUGAUGUUGCUAGCGGCUUGCGUAGUAGUGGAGGAAAUUCCGGCGCUGAGGGUAAAUGUAAUAGGACUGUGGGAGCUGGUAGCGCGGAGGUGUGGGAAUUGGUGGUGGAGAGUCAAACAAGUCGUAAAACCUCCUGCGACGAAUACGUAG